AUGCUACCGUACCUGCAUCCCGAUCUAGCUGAAUUCCGCACUGUCUCUGACAUCUUUACCCACCUCCGCUCUAGUGAGGAUCGCUUCCGUGCGGCUCUCAAGCUGGCCUUUCUCUUUAAGAACCCCAACCCCCCCCCGCAAGUACUUCACCCUGUGCAACAACAGCAAGGGCAGAGGAGGCAGGGUGGUGGUGGUGGCAGCAGCGGAGAGGGGGUGGAGUGGGUGGUGGCGGGGGUGGUGGAGGCUCUGGGGGUGGCUCUAGGGGUGGCGGCAGUGGAGGAGGCAGACAGGGUGGAGGAGGCAGCGGUGGAGGGGGAGGCAGCUAGGGUGGCCGGGGGGCGGGACGGAUGA